AUGUCCGGGCGCGGGAAGCAGGGCGGGAAGGCGCGCGCCAAGGCCAAGUCGCGCUCGUCGCGGGCCGGGCUGCAGUUCCCCGUGGGCCGCGUGCACCGCCUGCUGCGCAAGGGCAACUACGCGGAGCGCGUGGGCGCCGGCGCGCCCGUGUACCUGGCGGCCGUGCUGGAGUACCUGACGGCCGAGAUCCUGGAGCUGGCGGGCAACGCCGCCCGCGACAACAAGAAGACGCGCAUCAUCCCCCGCCACCUGCAGCUCGCCAUCCGCAACGACGAGGAGCUCAACAAGCUGCUGGGCAAGGUGACGAUCGCGCAGGGCGGCGUGCUGCCCAACAUCCAGGCCGUGCUGCUGCCCAAGAAGACCGACAGCCACAAGGCUAAAGCCAAGUAAACCUCAAAGCAGAAUGGGAGAAGAAGGUGAAAAUGGAGCACUUAGCAACACUGGCAAGACAGACCUUCGGGCAGGGCAUCACGAGCCCACCACACCACCCACUGAUGCCGCAUCCCCCCCGACCUCCUUUUUCAUCACCCACCCUCCCCCUCCGCUCCUAGUGCUUGAGGAAAGGAGUCUGUGCGCAGUUUGGAACGGCGGGAUGCACUGUGGUUCCUAGACUGACAAGUUGGCUUUAAAACGAAGGAAUUACAUAUGAAUUUGUGGUUGGUUUUGUUGCUGUGGUUGCUGUUGUUGUGCGUUUUGUGAUUUAAUCGCAGAAGGUUCAUUUGGGCACGUUAAGGAGGAGAGAGAGCUCGGCUGAAGUUGAGUUAUCCUGUUGCUGCAUAAAUAUAGCGGGGGGGAGUGUGAGGGGUAGGUAACAGUGCACGGUUCCCACUGGGAACCACCAUUUCUCCAGCAACAACGAAAUCCUUUGGGUUCGUCGGUCAGGCCGUGACAAGCACAUACUUUCCUGCUCCCUGCGCUGGUACCAGGGACGGUGAUUUAAGGACUAAACCCCCUCUGGGAGGAGGGAAAGGGGCGGGAUGGAGCAGAAUUUCACACUAGGAAUAGGAGUGUUCUGGGAUUAGGAGCUCAUCAGUGGCUUCUACACACACCCUGCGUGCUGCAAGAGCCCCUAGGAACAGUGGGGAGAAGGCAUAUCUCCCGGAAGGGCAGAGCAGGGCCCUGGAUUCUAAAAUCCAGGAACAAGAUAUUUCCUUUUCAGUUUUGUCCCAGCUCGCAGUUAAAGAAUUUUUUACUUUACCAUUGUCAAGAAACAAACAUCUGGGUGAAGCAGAAAAGUAGACAUUUUUCAGUUCAGAUAAAUGCUGUAAAUUAAUCCCAGCUCUUUUGCAAUUUCCUGGUGUUUCCCCCUGUUCUUUAUACCCUGUCAUUUCCUGCUGAGAAAGGUGAGCUGCUAUGAUAAGUCUGAGGUACAGCACAUACUCACCCUAUGAGGUUUUUUGCAUCACAUGUAAGUAUCAGGUAAGGCUAAAAUUUCAGCAGCUACAUAUGCCAAUGAAAUGUGACCAUUUCGCUUCUUCCAUGGGGUUUUUGCCAGCGAUUUAAAAACCCCUGCAUGCAGAGACUAGAACCGGCUCAGAUAAAUUUGGCUUCCUGAGCCAGCUCAGCUGAGUCCAGGCACACAGUCUGCCUGUGAUGCCAUCAGUCCAGUCUGCUGACACUUGGGGCAUAGGUAGAGGCAGCUCUGUUUAAAGAUGUAUUUGGAUGUAUUGAAAGAUUGGGCUUAUGCCAUUCCUAUGGUAAUUUUUGUUCUCUUUUCUAAGUGGAAUGAGUGAAAGCACUAACUUUGCUGUGUCCCAAGAGCAUAAGGGAAAAAAAACCCCUACACUUGAUCAUGUGGAGUGUUCAGAUUUUUUUAUUGUUGCAGUGGCUGCUAUUUGCUCCAGAAGGGAGUAUGCAUACCAGAGAUGUGUGCAUUUCUUCACAGCUCUAAUACUGCACAAAAGGAGGUCAAUAUCCUUUCAUCUGUUUGAAUUUCAGAUUUCAAAUGUAACACUACGUGUUCUUUCUUCUUAUUUCAGGAAUUAUUUCUUUCAUUUUCUUAUGACAUUUGCAAAUAAAAAAAUCUACAUACAAUGUAAGUAGGAGAACAAGUACAAAAAGGUUGUGGAUUUUAUGUGAGAUUAAAAUUCCAAUCUGUUCCGGAACUCUUUUCAAUCUACUUUUUUCCUAGUUGUUAAAUUAAUUGUGUUCAGAAUUUCUUCCGGAGAUUUUCAGUGUUAAAAAUGAAAGGUUAAACUUUUUUUUUAAUAAUACCUUCUAUAAUUUUUGACAAGGAAUGCUUUUGGAACAACCCCUUUUAUAGGACUGAAGUCAAAUAAUUUAGUUUUUUGUAGUCAUGAAAGAAACCAAAACCACCCUUUCCACCUACACAGGCCUCUGGUUCUGUGACCCCAGUCCUUGAGGAAAGAGCUGCCUCUGCUCAUUGUGAGGCUUCUUCCUUCCUCGUACGUGUGUGAGCUGGGAAGGGAGAAGUUCCCAGCUGCAUUCCCAUCUACUUUCAGCCCUGUCCUCCAGUGAGAUUUAUGUCAUGUCUUGAGCUGUGCUGUUCCUUGAAUGGCAAAACCCUUAGACCAGUUUUUUGGAACCUGAAGACUCAAUAUUUUUCAUUUACCAUCUAAACUGGACAAAUUUUCAUUGCUGGCUGAAAACAUUACAUCAAGGUGUGUAUAAGACCCAAUAUUUUUCCCUAGCUACAGCAAAUAUUUUCUCCUGCAACUGUAAUUAUUUUAAAACAUAAUAUUUUCUAUUUAAAAUCAGAAAGAAAGUUUCUGGGAAACUAACAUUGCAAUAAUUUGUCUUGGGUGUCAGAUAAUUAUAUUCUGUGGCUAUAAAAAUUAUUUCAGGUUUGAGAGCAGAUAUUGCUUUACUGCAUUAAUAAAAACAAAAUAAGCAUUUAAAAAAAACCCCAACUAAACAAAAAAAAAUCCCCACCAAAGCAAAAAACACUCAAAAAGCCCACAUAACCCCAGAAAGCAGCAAAAAAUUGCUAAAGACUGCCUGUAAUUUGGUCAGGUUUUGGUCUAGGUGUGUGGCAUCCAUUUCUCAUUUUUGAUUCACUAUUCAGUCAAAUAACUAGAGAAUACAGAUAUUUGUUUGCCCAGCUAGUGUAUUUCACUUUCGCAGAAAUAAAAAGAGAGGAUGUUUUCUUUUUUAAACAUGAUGAUGAAUAAACAAAUUUUACUGCAGGGAUGGUCAUCUAGAGAAGAUAUACAUUCUUCCAGGAGUGAUAUUAACUUUAUUAUUCUAGUCAGAAUAAAAUAGGGGAAUUUUUUGAAACUGGUUGUGUUGUUCUUCAGUAUUUCUUUUUUACUGAUCAUUUACUACAGGACUAAACUGUAAUGUCACUCUGAUAAUUUGAGAUAGAAAAAGUUGCUGAUAUUAAAAAAAUCGACAAAAUGUUUGUAUUACCAAGUGUAAAUCUUCCAAAUAUUAUAGAUGCCAUUAGUCAGGAGGUAUUUUGAAGGUAAACAUGGAGGGUAGAUUAAAAGACAACAUGAAGGGCCUGUUUAUAGAUGAUGCAUUCAAACACUUCUCAGUUUUGAGAAUUGUUUGUAUUAAUAACUUUGCUUUGCACUGGAAGAUCAACACGUUGGGCCCUAGGGCACAUAAGCUGAUGAGAAUGUAAACUUUUGGCUAAAAAUAAUGUCACAAACACAGAACAAGCUGAAACUGGCAAGACAGAAGCAGAAUGAGGAUGGACCAAGGAACCAAUUGCAAGAAUGAGAUAACUUUAGAAAGCAGCCAGCCCAAUGACCAAAAAAACCCACUAUGGGUGGUCAAGGGACCACCACCAAGAAUUGAAUUAUUGGAUUUGGGGAUUGGAUGAUGGGUGCCACAUAUAUAAUCUGGGUUGCAAUCUGGUGAAGGGAGUUGCUGUUUGGAGGCACCACGCUCUAUCUGUUCAGCACACUGGAUAAAGAAACUGUUUACUCAGUGAGUUGGAAACUCUUCUUCAAAGAGAAACCUAGGGCAGGAAAACUGUUUGAGGGGGCAUCUGCUUAGUUCCUUCAUAGUUUGGUAGCAGCAACAAUAAUACCUGCUCUACCAGGAUGAUGUAUUUGAACACCCUGCCCUCUUACUGGUGCUGGGUGAUGUCACCUGGGGAGGGUGUCUUUAAGAAUACAAAGAAGACUGCUCUGAAACAAAUAGGAAAGUACAGGUAAGAACCUGAAUUAUGGAAGAAGAAACUGUUAUAUGAUUUAUACUCACACUAUUUGCAUUAGUGGUUUGAAUUCUCAUCCUCUUGUGGCAUGAAAUUUUUAAGAUGUAUUAUUUUUGCUGAGCUUAAAUCCUACUACUUUUACUUCUGGUGAAAAGAACAAGUUCAAAAAUAUUCCAUCAUAGUAGCUCUUUGUCAGUUCAGAGACUUUGCUCUCAGCACUGUUAGAAAAAUGAGUUAUGUCACAAUCAGACGUGAUGUCAAAUGUACGUUCACAUUGUAGCCCGCUAAUACUGCCUUAUCAUUCAUACUGAAAUUGAAAGAAGCAAUCAGCAACAUUUUGCUUUCUGUUUAGUGCUGAGUUUCAUAGGCCUAGAAACAAUUUCAUACACUUAAUCAAUCUGUUUAAAAAAUCCUCUGAAUUUCUGUGAUGGCUCCUAAUGAAGUGUGCAACAUGGAGCACACAAACACAGGAAAGGUAAAACGAACACUUAUGAGCUGGGAGACCACUCCUAUUUUAAAUCAGGCAGCAGGGCUUUCCCAUGACAGCUGUAAUUUGAACUGGGAUAUUUUUACAUGACUGAUUAUAUAGAAUAGCCACGGACAAAUUCUUCUGGUGACCAUCUUCAACUGUCAAACUAUAAGCACUUCUUUGUGCUUUUGUAGUGACACAGGGAAACCUGAAAAAACCUAGAGACUGCAAUAUACAAUGGUUCAUUCAUUUUUAAGGUAUUAGACAUAUGCAGGCACUCAGAAUAAGGAAUCUGUGUUUCAGUUUGCACUGAAGUACUCAGAGAUAGCAAAACCCCAUUUCAAGCUGAUAAAAAAGAGUUUGGAGAAUGCUUCUUCCCACUGGAUAUCUGAAAUCCAAUCUGAAAAGUCCCCAUAAUCCUUCAAACUGAAAUUACCAUUUAUUAGAUAAUAGGCAACAGAUUUAUGAGAGACCUGAUGCCUGCCUUGUUACCUGUACUACCUAAGAAUAUGCAAGACAGUAGUAGAAAGGUCACUUUUGUUAUUCUGUGGUUCCUGUAUGAAAUAAGUACGUUCAUAAGUUCAUAAUAUAUACUUGAAAUUUAGGAUUAUUAAGAUCCAGUUUGAAAGUGAUAAUGGCUUUGAUCUGUGUCUAUGGUGGCAUGUAAUUAUCCAAGAAUGGGAGAGAAUGACUCAGAAAGCCUGCAGAUUGAGCCUAAUUAGUAGCUAUGUGAUAAAGUCUGGUAGCUUAUAAAGUCAGCCCAGGGUGUCUAGUUUGUUAGUAUUUCAUAGUUUUAUUACAAUUUGUGACAGAUAAAUGCAGAAAAGGUCAGAUAUGUAAAAAAAAUAUUACUCUUCACAUGUUUUCUGACUUGCAAGGAGAACCUAAUAGUCACAGGGGGAAGCUAGGCAAGUUACUGCAAAAACAAAACCAAAAAAACGCCCCACAUGAACAGUAGAAUUAAAAAGAAAAACAGUGAAGAUAAAGGUUUUAGAAAGUACUUUUGAGCUAUAUUGAUCACUGGGUUAUUUGCAAGAGUUUAAGGUAAAUGUCACUUGUCGUUACAUAAAUUCUUCUAUAGUUUAGUGAGCUGUACUUAUCUCAACUGUUACAACAAAAAUGACCCAAAUCCCCCAAAACCCGAAAGACUGAGCACCACGAAGUGGUAGACCUUGUUACUGCAGUGCUGUACAUGGAUGAGUAUCUAUUAAUAACAAUUCUGAUUCCCACCCAAAUAGAAAAAUCCAGGCUAAAACUGAAAAUUAUGCAAAGCAUAAAAAUAAGGUAAGAACCACCUAAGAAAACCCCAACA